GGGGCGGAGCCGACGCCUGGUCGGCUGCAGAGCUCUCCAGAGCUCCUGCUGCCGCGAUUCGGUCUGGGACCCGGGCCACCCACGGGGCGGUGGGUGCUCUUUGGCCUUGGGCUCUGCAAAGUCCUUAAGGCAAGACUCACUGGGUGCUCUUCCCCCCCCCGCCCCACCCCGGGGCUGACGCCCGAGGCUCUGCUAUGGACGGCAAGACCGAAGUAGAUUUUUCCAGCAACAGCUUAACCCCUUUGUGGCGGAGGCGUUCAACCCCUCAGUCCCAGCUGCUGGGCCGGAGCAAGCCGAGGCCCCAGUCCUACCAGAGCCCCAGCGGGUUGCUGAUCACGGAUUUCCCGGUGGAGGACCGAGGAACGCCCCCCGCGGCGCAGACUCCGGCCCAGGUGCCCACCGCCUCCGACGGCAGGACGAUCCAGAGGAGCCCCCUGCUUCUGUGCGCCCAUCGGAGGUUGGUGACCAAUGGGAGGACCGUCUCCCCGGAGUACAGGGCUGUUUCUCCUCGGCUUCGACGGCCCAAGUCACCCCAGAAACCCAGAGCGGCGUCGGGCGGCUACCCCAAAUCCCCAGCGAACGGCACUGCGACUUCGCCCGCGCAGCUGCCGCUGCACCGCCCGCAGACUCCUCAUGCGUCUGCCCCCUGCAGCCCCGAGGGGGACAGGGCCGGAUUCCCCGCCAGCCCCCUGCUUUCGCCUGCUGCAAGUGCGCUUAUCCCUAAUACCGCCUCCCCAGGCGCGCGUUCGCUGUCCGGCCAGAUGGCUAAGGACCCUGAGCGGGGACCUUCGAGACUCUGUCCCGCGCCCCACAAAAGGUCUUUGGAGCAAAAACUCCCCCUCCAAAGGCUUCCCUCACAGGAGAACGAGCUCCUGGAGAAUCCUUCAGUGGUUUUGAGCACAAACAGCCCCGCCGCCCUCAAAGUGGGGAAACAGCAGAUCAUUCCGAAGAGUCUGGCCUCGGAAAUUAAGAUAAGUAAAUCCAACAGUCAGAAUGUGGAGCCCCACAAGAGGCUGCUUAAGGUGCGCAGCAUGGUGGAGGGCCUUGGAGCGCCCCUGGGCCCCGCAGAGGACGAGGGCGAGGCGGAGAACGACUUGGACAGUCCGGGCUCUCUGCGGAGAGGCUUGAGGUCCACGUCCUAUCGCAGGGCGGUGGUCAGUGGCGUUGAUUUUGACAGUCCUACCACCUCGAAGAAGAAGAACAGAAUGUCCCAGCCUAUUCUGAAAGUGGUAAUGGAAGAUAAGGAGAAGUUUUCCAGCCUGGGAAGGAUAAAGAAAAAAAUGCUGAAAGGACAAGGAACAUUUGAUGGGGAAGAAAACGCUGUUCUGUAUCAGAACUACAAAGAAAAGGCCCUUGACAUUGACUCUGAUGAAGAGUCAGAGCCUAAAGAACAGAAAUCAUACGAAAAAAUUGUGAUUCACCAUAAGCCACUGAGGCCUACGUGGAGCCAACUCUCUGCGGUGAAAAGAAAUGGAUUAUCUCAGACAGUUAGCCAGGAAGAAAGAAAGAGACAAGAGGCUAUCUUUGAAGUUAUAUCCUCUGAACAUUCAUAUUUACUCAGCUUGGAGAUCUUGAUACGAAUGUUUAAAAAUUCUAAAGCACUGAGUGAUACGAUGACCAAAACAGAGAGUCACCAUCUUUUCUCCAAUAUUACAGAUGUCUGUGAGGCAAGCAAAAAAUUCUUUACAGAGUUGGAAGCAAGACAUCAGAAUAAUAUUUUCAUAGAUGACAUAAGUGACAUUGUGGAAAAACACACAGCAUCCACAUUUGACCCAUAUGUGAAAUACUGCACAAAUGAAGUCUACCAACAGCGGACACUACAAAAAUUGUUAGCCACCAACCCAUCUUUUAAGGAAGUUUUGUCCCGAAUCGAGUCCCACGAAGACUGUAGGAACUUACCCAUGAUCUCUUUUCUCAUUCUCCCCAUGCAGAGGGUGACCCGCCUUCCCCUGCUGAUGGAUACUAUCUGUCAAAAGACACCUAAGGACUCUUCAAAGUAUGAAGUCUGCAAAAGGGCCUUAAAGGAAGUAAGCAAGUUGGUUCGACUCUGCAAUGAAGGAGCUCGGAAGAUGGAAAGGACUGAAAUGAUGUACACAAUUAACUCCCAGCUGGAGUUUAAAAUUAAGCCUUUUCCUCUAGUCUCCUCUUCCCGCUGGUUGGUCAAAAGAGGUGAGUUGACAGCCUAUGUGGAAGACACUGUGCUUUUCUCAAAAAGGACGUCCAAACAGCAAGUCUACUUCUUCCUCUUUAACGACGUGCUCAUUAUCACCAAGAAGAAGAGUGAAGAAAGUUACAAUGUCAAUGAUUAUUCCUUAAGAGAUCAGCUACUGGUGGAGUCUUGUGACAGCGAAGAGCUUAAUUCUUCUCCAGGGAAGAACAGUUCCACAGUGCUUUAUUCAAGACAGAACUCUGCUAGUCACCUCUUUACGCUGACAGUCCUUAGUAACCACGUGAACGAGAAAGUGGAGAUGCUGCUGGGAGCUGAGACUCAGAGCGAGCGAGCCCGCUGGAUAACUGCCCUGGGACACAGCAGCGGGAAGCAGCCUCCAAACCGAACCUCACUGACCCAAGUGGAAAUCAUUAGAUCAUUUACUGCCAAGCAACCAGAUGAACUCUCCCUGCAGGUGGCGGAUGUGGUCCUCAUUUAUCAGUGUGUCAGCGAUGGCUGGUAUGAAGGGGAAAGACUGCGAGAUGGAGAAAGGGGCUGGUUUCCUAUGGAAUGUGCCAAGGAGAUAACAUGUCAAGCUACAAUUGAUAAGAAUGUGGAGAGAAUGGGACGUUUGCUGGGGCUGGAGACCAACGUGUAGCCUCUCUGAUGGUAUUUUGUCACUGGGAGAUUUGCACUACAUCAUGGUGGGCUGGUUGGUUCAAGGCCGGUUUUGAUGUUAACUUUAACACAGCCUAUUUAAUUAAAAGAAAGGAAACACUUGCCCUUAAGCUUGCCAGUUGGUUCUGUUCUCUCAGGGGAACAGCUACUGGACAGUUAGUCCACGAAGCUCCGUUUGUGCACAGCAAUCCUUUUGCAAACCUCUUCAGGUAAACAGAAUAGCUGAGCAGUCCACUUCAGGGGUGAGGCAGCCUCAGCUACUCCUAGUUGUAUCAUGUUCUGGCGUUAAAAAUAUAUAUAUACAUAUAUAUAUAUAUAUAUAUGUAAGAUGCUACAUCCUGGUUUUCUCUAUCCUCACUUAACCAAGAAUGUAUGCUAUCCCUCUUUAAACAUCUCCUUCGUAUGGUUCUUCCAGUAUUAGCAAGGUUUUAUAUCUUUAAGGAAUACCCAGUUUUGUAAAUAUUGCUCCUGCCUCUUAUAUUUUAGAUCUGAUGCUAAUGCUUUCUUGAUUUCAAAAGGAACUGGUAGAGUUCUGAAGGUGAGCUCAGUUUUUCUAAACCUCUUCCCAGGAAAGGGAAAUUGACACUUGAAUUUUUUCCACCUCUUUCCUCAUUAGAAGGGAAGUAAGGAGCCUUACUUUAAAGAUUUUUUAAAAAUCCAUCUCACCCAACUUCGGUCUUUGGUAAGUAUAUUCUAAUAAAACGUAAACUACUCUAACAAUAUAGAAUUUAGAUGGUUCAUAUAUGUGAGAAAAUCCUGAAUAUAGGACAGGGGUCGUACUUUUUAAAAAUAGACCUAUAUGAGAUGAUAAACUGACGUGAGGCUGCUUUGCCUUCAAUAAUGUACGGUUUUUGACUGUUCCUACUCCCAUUUCCAAAAGGAAAUUGGCUGAAACACAUUUUAACAAUCUCAAGGAAGAUAAAAUUGGACCUUAAAAGGUAUCAAGAAGGCAACAUGGUGUACCUAGUUGCAACAUAACAUUUUGACCUUAAUGGGAACUCAUUUUAUUUGCACUAAAGGCCUUGCUUGCUGGAUUUGAAGUCUCUCUUAACUGCGGGUGUCUGUAGAACUUUAUUUCUUCCACUGAUGCAAGGAGAGGAAAGUCAUUGUAAUAGUACGUUUCAUAAAGAGGGAAUUGGAGGGUUUGGAAGAGUGAGGGGAGGAGUGAUUUUUUUACUGGCAGCUACGUUCCCUCUCUACUCCAUUCUCUUUCAUGGAGGGGUAAAACCUGGCAAAGGGUACAUCAUUCAAGGACUCAGAUCCAUGUGUGACAUGUCCCCAGCUACUGACUGCCAACCAGUUACUCAAUUGUGAGUAACUUUGCAGAAGCCCAGUGCGGGAGGUGAGUGUGCUCGGCCCACAUGCUCUGUGUCCUGUCACUGCAGCAGUGAGCCUGCAGGGGGCACCUGCAGCUGCCUCGCCUGUGGAUUGCUCUCCUUUAUCAAUGCACACAUUUCUGAGUAUAAAGACAUGCCAGGCCCCGAGCUCCUUGAGUUCUGGGCCAGUCUGUCAAUGGAGAAUAGCAGUGGACCCAGCAAGCAAGGUCUUGGGUUUGGUAAAACAAGAAAUCUAUCUCCUCUUUGAUGUCACAGAAUUUCUGGAGGAGAAGCUAACAAAUUGAAAUCUAAUCUAAUGGAAUGUUUUCAUUUAGGAAGGAAGGUAAAUGUGUUGCUUGCAAAGAGACCAUUUUGUAUUAUUUUUGCUAACACCCUGUUGACACUAAAAAGCAACUAUAUGAAUCCUGUGAAUUAAUUUAUCAGUAGAGAUGGUGAACAGUUUUGGAAUAUGUGCAUGUUAUAAAUCAGAGCCUAUUUAGCAAGCAGGUUAAUACUAUUAUUAGAUAAAGUGUUGUUUUAUGGCAGGUAUUAACUCAUUCACAGUGUUUCAGUUCAACCGUGAACAUGACACAGUAUUGUUUUUCAAACUUAGUAGCUUCUCUGAAUUGUACAAUGACUUCAUUCAGUGACCUGUGGAGAACAAAAAUAUUCAUUUUUGUCCCAAUGAAUUGAGAUUGCUUGUACACUUUUGGCAAAAUAUGUGAGCUUAUAAAGAUUUUGUACUUGUU